CCCUUUCACCUCUCGCAACCGAUCAAGAGAGACAUGGGCUUGGAGAUCGAGUCCAGUGCUCCAAUCUCCGCCUCCACCACCACCGCCGGGGUUUUGCUCGGAAAGUACAGGCUCGGCCGUGUCCUGGGUCGCGGUAGCUUCGCCAAGGUCUACCAUGCGAGGUCUCUUGCCGACGACGCCGAUAUAGCCAUCAAGGUCAUCGACAAAAGAAAAGUAGCCAACACAACGAUGGAACCGCGCAUCAUUCGUGAAAUCUCCGUAAUGCAUCGCCUUCGACAUCCGAACGUUGUUCGGAUUCAUGAAGUCAUGGCCACCAAGUCCAAGAUCUAUCUGGUCAUGGAGUACGCUGAAGGCGGCGAACUUCUCUCCAAGAUCUCCCGCCAUGGACGCUUAACCGAGCCAACCGCUCGUCGGUACUUCCAACAACUCGUAUUGGCUCUUCAUUUCUGUCACAGAAGUGGUGUCGUCCACCGCGAUAUCAAGCCUCAGAACCUUCUCUUGGAUCACGAAGACAACCUCAAGGUAUCUGACUUCGGCCUCUCGGCUCUUUCCGAACGGUUGAACAAUGGCCUCCUUCACACCGCAUGCGGCACGCCUGCCUACACCGCACCUGAGGUGGUUGCGAGUAUGGGUUACGAUGGGACUAAGGCCGACGCUUGGUCCUGUGGAGUAAUCCUCUUUGUUCUGCUUGCUGGGUUUCUCCCAUUCAACGACGCCAAUCUUACCGGGAUGUACCGCAAGAUGCAACGCAGAGAGUUUCAGUUCCCUUCAUGGUUCUCGAAGCCCGCUAAGUGGGUUAUUGUUCGACUUCUCGAUCCGAAUCCCGAGACUCGGAUCAGCAUUCAAGGUCUCAUAGAGGUUUCCUGGUUCAAGAAGUCGUUUCGAUCAAAUGGACGACGCAUUACUCCGGUCGAUUUGGACCCAGUGGCGUUGCCCAAGGAAGGUAAGCUUCACUUGUUAACAAAUAAUACAGCUGCAGCGCCGGCGAUGAAUGCAUUCGAUAUCAUUUCGUUGUCCUCAGGGUUGGACUUGUCUGGUUUGUUCGAAGAAGAGAGGAAGAGAUCGGAAAGGUUCACGUCGACGGUGUCAUCGGGAGAAAAAAUUGUGGAGAGGGUGACGGAAGUUGGAGAGAAACUGGGGUACAUGGUUCAGAGAAGGAAAGAUGGGGUACUGGGACUGGAGAAAGCAAGGUUGAUAAUGUCGGUUCGAGUGUUGGAACUGGCACAUUCAUUGUUUCUGGUAGAAGUGGAAAGAAUGGGUGAGGAAGAAGCAGAAGUCGAGGAGGCUGAUCAGUGGAGAGAUUUAAGAGUUGAGCUACAAGACAUAGUUUUUGCCUGGCACGGCGAUGGUGUCUCUGAGGUGUGAACUCUGAAGAAAGAGUUCUGUAUGAAGUCCACCAUUUUGUACAGUAACAACUAACAAGUCUGCAAAUUCUCUGUAAAACAUAGCUUAGUAUAGUAAUUUUGUAGAAAUAAAUGAGAUUUUGUUAGGCUACCACGACCCAGGAAUGGUCGAAAUCCCAUUCCACCCAACCAAACUAUUGAAAUUAGAAUGGACUAUUUCUAUUAAGAUGGUCGA